AUGACGCUGCCGCUGCCAAGUGCUGCGCGCAGGCCGCAGGCCGGAUCCCAAGCCUCCAGCCGAUCUGGCGGAACCCUGCUGCGGACCCUUUCGAAUUUGGAAGAGCUCAUGAUGCUCGUUGGCGGUGGCAGCCAACAGCCGGUCUGCCAGAUUCAUUUCAAAUACCGGGUGAACAAAGGUUCCUCGACGUCUGCUGCAGGAGAAGACACAACGCCGCCUUUGCGGUCGUUUAUUCGUCCAACCGACUGGGAGACCGUCCGCUCCUCAAUCGCCCGAUACGCUACGGGCGAGCGCUGCCAGAUCGAACUGCCGAGAGUUUACGUGAAGGCGUUCGAUCGACAGUCGGGUUACAUCCAAUCUCGCCGUGUUUCCGUAAACCCUUGCCUGGAAUCUGCCAGGUCAAGACGCGGGUACAUGUGGCUGCAUUUUCGUGAUCUGCGGUUCGAAGAAAAGAUGCCACGGGCUCCCAGCGAGCUUGCCGAGUUGGUGGAGAUAUCAUCGCGGAGCGCUGAUUAG